CAAAACGUUGCACGCGUCGUGGCCCUCAUCACAAAAAUUUAAGCGAAAAUGAAAACGAAAUUCGGUUAACGUCAACAGAAGCAGAAAUAACCCAACCAGUUGCAGGGCCAAAGAAAAAAAUAAACCAAGUGAGGAACAAAAAGAGAGGCAAGAGGCCAAGAAGAAAGAGUGGGCAAUAUAUAUAAAGCCAGCUAAUCUGUUGUGCAGUGCGUUUUAUCAGACAGCGAAAGAAACGAAAACGAAAGUCGGUCCAAGUUUAAGUCUCCAUUCCAUUCCAUUCCUCAGCAAAAUCGGAGACACGCGGAUCUCAUCUCGGUAAUGUCUCAAUAAAAGUAAUCUUAACUGCCGCCGGAAUGUAGGAAAAAGUGAAAAUAAAAGCGCUCAACGAGUUUCGAAAAAAUCAGCUAAGCACAAUAAAUAACCAAAAGUUUCGGGAUCCGGGAGGAGUGGAGAGGAGAGGCGUAGUCGAAUCGUAGUGCGGUGACCUUCGGCAAACGGAGGCAGCUAACAAACAGCAAUCAAACAAGCCAUUUGAGAUAGCCAAACACCGAGUGCGGUCCAAAUAUCUCGAACAAUACUAACAACAAAUAAGUAUAAAUAUAAGCCAAGGUGACUAAGUACCGCCACAGAAUGGAGAUCAGGCGCCGCACCUCUCGACCAUAUCUUUGGGUCUUGCUGACGCUGAUGCUGCUCGGCCUCUGGCUAGGUUCGGUUUUGGCCAAGGGCAAUCAGUCAGAGAUCUCCUCAAAAACCUGGCAGCGAUAUCAAAGUCAGUCGAUCAAUGAAUCGCUAUUGGCGACCGAGGAAUUGGAGAUUUUGGACAGCACUCCGGACAUUGUGGCUCACAAUUCGCCGCAUGAAACCCAUUUGACGCGCACCUCAGUGAUUUUCGGACUCACCAAAGUGGCCAACGAGAGCAGCGUCAGCCAAAAGUGCCAUGCGCAGCUGCGACAAAUGCAGCGCGGCAUACUCGGCAAACAGCCAUGGGCCAUGAAGGUUUUGGAUGCAUCGGGCACAAAACCCUCUGGCUUUGUUUAUGGCCAGAAUUAUUGGCUGGGAAGUCGGGAAGCCUGUCGCGGAGUCCAAAGACCCGUGGGCAUAACCCUGUCGAAAAACUUCGAUCGAGUGAUGCACUAUGGAAUUAUCACCCAGCAAGCGCCCUUUGAUAUGGAUUAUAGGGUUCUCUAUCUGCGACACAGUUCUCCCUGGCAAGUGGAGAUCAAACUAAUGUCUGAGCAAAUUAUCCACAUUGGUUUGUGCCUUCCAAGUGCCUGCAGUUCGGAGGAAGUUAAGCAUCUAGCCCAGGAUUACGUAGCUGGUGGGAUGUUCACCGAAAACGAGAUAUUCGACAUUCGACCGGAAGUGGUUUAUAUGAAGAAUCUGCAGUUGAAGGAGGAAUUCUUCGAGCGUGCUAGCUUCCGACUUUUGGUGGCCUGUGUUUUGAUCACUGGAGCCCUGAUGCUUUGCGCCCAACAACUGGGGGCCACCAAAAAGUUGGCAUCUUCCUCUGAAGAACCUGAGGAACCCGGACUGGCACCUGCGGAAUCGGAACUUUGGCGAGGACUCAACUCACUUCUGCAAAUCGAGAGGCUACAGAAAUAUAUACCCUGCUGGGAUGUCCCCGCUAACUGGACCAAGAUCUUUGCUGUAAGGGAAAAUUCUCCGAAUGAAAUUCCCCUGAUGAAUGGCCUGCGUUCGGUUUGCGCCAUCUGGAUCAUGGUGUUCCACGUGGUGUGGUUCAUGUACUUCACGGUCCACAACAAGACGGUGCUGAUUUCGUAUGCAGAACAGGCCUUUUUCCAAUACGUCUCCUCGGCUCCUCUGCUGGUGGACGUCUUCUUUACCAUAAGUGGCUUCCUGCAAACGUUUAACUUCUUGCGGAACUCACGGCAGCUGGAGGCAGUUCGUCGGAAUAGUCUCAGUGAAAAUGUCAAACUCUUUGGCAAAUUGCUCUUCCAUCGUUAUCUGCGUCUUGGUCCACUUUACCUGGUGGUUAUGGCCACCGUGGAUUUGGUCUAUGCCUAUAUUGGAGAUGUCUCGGUUUAUCACAUCAAUGAGCGAUUCGAUGAGAUGUGCUCAAGUUACUGGUGGCGAAAUCUUCUGUUUAUUCAGAACUUCUUUGACCAUCGGGAUAUGUGCGCCAACUGGAGUUGGUCAUUGGCCUGCGAAAUGCAGUUCUUUAUCUUGGCCAACGCACUGCUGUUUGCCUAUGUGAAAUAUCCCAAGGCAGUCAAAGCCCUGGUGGUCUCUUCGUUUGUGGCCACCAUUGCCUGGUCCUAUAGCAUUGGGUUGAGCAUCAAGUUCCAGUUAUCAUUCGAUGCUGCCUUUGCCACUGGAACAGAGAUCUACACUUCACCCUUCGUGAGAGUCCUUCCUUAUAUCCUAGGAGCUGCGACGGCUUGGUUACUGCAGGAGAAUCGCCUUCAGUUGGAGUUGAGUGAACCCAAGGAACGCUUCUGCUGGCACUUUUCUCUCUUGGUCUUCUUCGCCUGCAUCUACUCGACUGUUAAAAGGGAUCUGGGUCCUCUGAUGGCCAUCACGCUGUUUGUGAUGGGUCGCCUAUUCUUUUCGCUCAGUGUAUGCUGGAUGAUAGCGCGCAGCUGCGGUGGGCGGGGGGUGUGGUGGUCACGGCUGCUGGAGGCCAAGGGUUUCCAACAUGUCAGUCGACUGUCCUACGCCAUUUACCUGCUCAAUCCGCUGAUCAUUGCAUUAUUCUACAGUUUAACCAACGCCAGCACUCAUGCAGAUCCCUUUAUGCUGUGCGUGGUCACCUGCGGCUUUGCUGUCAUCGUUUACCUGGCCUCCAUCCUGUUUUCUUUGGCCUUCGAGCUGCCCUUUAGCAAUCUUUCCAGUUUGCUUAAUCGACGGCAGAGCAAGCCGAAAAAUGCCUAAAGAUGCUAGCCCUAAGUCGUAGAUCGAUAAGGUCACCGCACACGCCUCCAUCUAUCAAUUGUGAUCGCUUUCAUGUACAACUUACUCAUCCUAAUCGAAUCACUAGGCUUAGUUUUGUCUUAGUCAAUGUCACAUAUACUUAUCUAAAUAUCCUGUAAAUCGGUGGAAACCAUUCUAAAUAAGUUAACCCGCUAGCCCUAGAUUAUCUCUAAUAUACGUAUUGUAUGUAGUUAAACAUAUUAUCACGCUCCCAGCAUAUAGAAUAUAGAUUUGUUGACAACACUUA